GGGCGUCAUGACUCAUUUGCACUCCUCGCCUCUACAGUGCGUUUAAGGAGCAGGAUAAAAGCUCAUUUUGAUCAUACUCCAGUUUUAUCAGCUAAUAUCGCCAGGCAUUAGUUUUUUUUUCCACAACAUUGAUCUUUUGUGUGGCCCGUGGAGAUCCUGUGUUUCUUUCUGGGUGUGGACAUGUCUGCGGACUGCCCCCAACCCCUAGCAGUGAGGGACCCUCCUAAUUUUCUGCCCGGGACCUCCAUGAGCUGUGAGAUUGCGGUGCUCCCCUUGGAGCUUCUGCUCAGUUUACAGCGAUCACACUUCCACGUGGUGGGCAAUAACAUUCAGAUCGUCCAGCGACCAGGAGCCGGUUACAAUGUGAUCUCCAAUGGCCAAGUCAAGGCAGAGCGGCAGUGGAACCUUACAGAAUGCAUACAGAGGAAAGAUAAACUGGCAUUGGAGCUCUCCAGAAUGUUCACUCGGUUAACCAUGGCUCGGCAUGGUGUCAUCUCGGCCUGGCAUGACGGUCUCUUGGCGGCCUGGCCUGGUGGUAUAUUGGCAGCCUGGUGUGGCCUCAGCAUAGACUUCCAGCCUCACAAUGAUUCGCAGUCCGGGAGCCUUGAGAGCCUCAAGUUCACCGUGCAAAAAACAGUCCAGUCAUUUUUCAGUAUGAAAGAGGGAUAUAAAAUGGAUGGUCUUGGUUUGGAUUUCACAUGUGAGUUGAAACAUGAUUCAUUCGAGUGUACGUCAAAGAUCAAGGAGCUAGACGGAAAGAUUCUAGACUUGUCUUGCCUAACAGAAGAUGAGAAAUGCAAAGUGAAAAACUUACUGGAUAAUAUGAGUGAGCCUAACAUUCAAAUCAACACAGCAUCUGAGCAGAGUCCUGGUGCAGUUUCCUCACUUUGUGCAGGUUCAUCUGAGAAAGAAGCGUUUAGUUCGUCUCGAGGACAAUCAUAUGCCAAGAGGACAUCUGUAAAGGAAAAGUCUUCAACACAGUACCCUGCAGUGAAUGAGAAAUCAUAUCUGCUGCAAUUUACACAAAACUUGCCCAGAUAUAUAGAAUGAAGCUUUUAAAAAAUGAAAUCAGAAUCCAAGCUUUUUAACUCAAAUGUGCCUUAUUAAUUUACAACAUUUAAAAGAUAUCUGGAUGGGUACGAGAAUAAGAAGGUUUUAGAGGGAUAUGGGCCAAAUGCUGGCAAUUGGGACUAGGUUAAUUCCGAAUAUCUGGUCUGUUUCUGUGCUGUAUGACUCUACGACUCCAAUUACCUUGAAUGAGUCUGAAUUUGGGAACAACGUAUGAGCAGGAUCUUUUUAAACUGUGUGGUUUUUGGAAUAGCCAGGAUUGUUAUUCUCAUGUCUCCUGUAAUCAUUUUGUUUAGUAUAGCUUGAGGAACUUAUACCUCUGUUAGUUUACAAACUGAUAUUUGUAAUAAUGGCAUAUCUUUCACUAAUAACUACAUUAACAUCACGGGAAGACAAGUAUGCUACCACCAUGAUUUCUAAUAGAGUAAGUUUUCAGCUUUGCUGCCUGAGCAGUGAUCUAGUUGUGCAGAUCACCCGGACUCUGUGGCACUUAUUCAAUUUUAAUUCCACUGAAACCAUAGAUUAUGUGAGGGAUGAAUGUUACAAUAGGUGAGCAAUCUGUUUUGACAGAUUACCACAUCAUGACAGACAAAAGAAAAACCCAGUUUUCACUUUGGAUAAGAAAAUGGUUUCUAAUGGCAUAACUAAGCGUACGGUAAUAAUGGGAUUAGUCAAGAGACAAUAAGGGGCUUUACAACUUCUAGUUUUGUGCUUUUUAGAAGCUAUACUCAUUUUACUAACCAAACAUUGCUGUACUAGGGAGAAGGAAAGAAACUCCAAAUAUUGCAUUCCAGCCACAACCUUGUUAUUUAGCCACAACCUCACCUUUAUAUACAGUGGCAAAAGUAGGUGCCAACUACACUGCACUGCAGUACCUCACCAAAGUAACCUUCCAAACCCGCUAUCUUUACCUCCUAUAAGGACAAGAGUAGCAGAUGCAUGGGAACUGUGUUGAUCCCUGGUUUGAUGGUAAUGGUGGAGUGGUGCAUUUGGGGGACUGUUGCUGAUGGUGCACAGAACCUCAGUGAUGCCCAAUGUUGAGUUGCUAGCUCUGUUUGAAAUCUAUUCCAUGUAGCAUGAUGGUAGUGUCACACAACAUAAUGGCACAUAUCCUCAAUAUAAAACUAGAACUUCAGCUCCACAAGGACUCCUAUAGAUACUGUCAUGGGUGGAUACAUCUGUAGAAGGCAGAGGAUGUGGUGAGGGUGUGGUCCAAUAUGAUUUUCCCUCUUGAUGGUUUUAGGUCCCAUACCCAGUUUUCCAGUGAUGUUCUUUAUGACUCAGCCAGCUGUGUCAGUAGUGGCUGCCAAGGUGCUGAUGGGAGACAUUGAAGUCCCACACCCAGAAUACCUUCUGUGCCCUUGUCACCCUCAGUGAUUCCUUCGACCAGUGCUCAACAUGGAGGAAUAUAGAUAAACAUACGAAAUUGGAGCUGAAGUAAUCAUUCACUCACCGAACCUGUUUCUCCAUUCAAAAAUAUAAUCGCUCAUUUGCUGGUGUUUUGAAUUCCACAGUCUCAUCCACUCUCAAUAAGCCUUGAUUCCCUUGCCCAACAAGAAUCUAUCCAUCUCUUUCUUAAAAAUAUUCAGUGGCCUUCCUCUACUGCAUUCAAGGCAGAGAGUUUUGAUGUCUCACAGUUCUUGGAGAGAGAAAGUUUCUCCUCAUCUCUGUCCUGAAAAGGUGAUCCCUAAUUUUGAAACCUGCCCCCUGGUUCAUAGAACAUAGAACAUUACAGCGCAGUACAGGCCCUUCGGUCCUCGAUGUUGCGCCGACCUGUGAAACCAAUCUGAAGCCCAUCUAACCUAAAC